CUCCGUUUAUGCUUCGUCGGAUCGAGUUCGUUAAACAGCAGUUCGGUAUCGGAAGUGGUGAAUAAGCAUUGGCUCUCUUUCCUUAGCCUGGACCGUGACAACGGAGGAGUGAAGUGAUAGUGCACAAAGUGAUCCAAAUAAGAGAAGAGUGCAUCUUCCAAGAAGUGAAAUUCGCGCACCGUUCGGCAAGAUGAAAAGUGUUCCUUUCAUCUCUAUAGUACUUCUGGUGUCGAUACUCGGUUCCUCGAGAUGUUUCGACUUGAUCGAUGAGGACUCCUUUAGACUAACCCACCAGUUUGACGAAGAUUUUGAUAAUUGGCGAAAAAGCUUCCAAAACUUUGGGGACCCAUUCAUCGAGGGAGAUGGUAGUAACUUCGGCAUUGUUUGGCCCUUUAGUAACGAUCGUCAUGAACCGCUUUCCAGGGAAGCAACCGAGUUAGAGUAUGAAGCUAAACCCCAGGAACCGACCGCACAGAAUCCCGGAUCGGCAUUAGUUGGAUUGGAGAGGGACCGUGAACCACUAGACCCCGACGUUGAGGUGUUACCAGGCGCCUACGGUAUUACGGAGGACGACAAGCGUCGUCCAUCGGUGCAGCCCUUCAAACCCGUAGCUCAACCUGAUCAAAGCAGUGUGUUCCAGCAUCAUUUUAAUACCUUUUUCAACACGCCGGAAACGAGUUUCUUUGCUGGUGCUUUCCCCGGCUUUGGUUUCUUCGACCUGAAUGCUAACAAACCUUGGUGGAAAGGUGAAAACGUGUGCGUUGAGCGAGAAGAGAAAGAGGAGGAUACCGAAGGCGAUGACAACCGCGAGAUCGCCAUGGAUGGUGGCAAUUUCCAGAGUUUUGGCGUCGUAAAUUUGAACUUUGAGUCGUGUUCCGAACAACAGAACAAGCAUGUCUGCACUUCAUUCAAAAACCAUAAUGGACGAAAGCGGACGGUUAAGGUUACUCGACAGUGCUGUCAUGGCUACGCUCGCCCAAGAAAUGGACCCCCGAAUGCUCAGUGUGAAAAAAUGGAUCUCUACCCGAUGGCAGAAACUGUUGAGCGACUUGGUGCCAAGGAAUUUAUAUCUACUCUAAAGAAAAGUGGACUGGAUUCCAUUUUAGACAAGGACGUUACGCUGUUUGUUGUUCCGGAUAGUGCGUACACCAGGUUUACCGAACAGAUGUGGGAAAAUAAUCUUGUCGCUUUCGAUCCGGUGAUGCGUGCGAAACGUCAAGCGGAUAUUUCAGGAAUGACAGCGCGAGAUUUGAUUUUGGCCCACACGGUGAACGGAUCGUAUCACAUCGAGGAUGUGAGUAACGAGCAGUUAUUGGAAACUGAGCUGACCAAUGUGAACAUUCGUCUGAACAUUUUCCCACGUGGCCCAUCCGAUAGAAACGUCGAUCAUCCAUACCGUUAUACCGCGAACUGUGCUCCCUUGGUCAAGCUAAACCGUGUUGCCGAGAAAGGAAUCGUGCACGUGGCGGAUCGCGUUCUGUUGCCGGUACGUAGCAGCAUUAUGCAGAUUAUUCAGGCACGCGAUGACAUGACAGUGUUACGAACGAUUUUGGAGAAGACCGGUCUCGACAAAACACUCGAGGAAGCUGGUGAUGAUAAGCAUUAUACCGUCUUCGCGCCGAAUGACGAUGCAUUCCUGAAGCUGGACAAAGAUAUUCGCAGAAAGCUGAAGGCUGGAAAUGGAUGCGCUUCAAAUAUACUGAAGAAUCACAUAUUGGACAUUACAUUCUGUUCACUGGCCGCUGUUAAUGGAGUGAAAACGACAACCUACAAUCUGCUGAGCGAGAAACUCGAAUUUGAACAUGUUUCAAUGGGAAAAACCGAAACAGAGGAUAUGUCCAACAAGAAAUCACAGCAUCUCAGGAUCAAUGGAGUUGCUACCGUUCAGGAAUCAGACCUGAUGGGUACCAAUGGUGUGGUACACGUCAUCGACACGGUCCUUUCGACUAACAGUGGAAUGCCCGUCUCAAACACUCUCUCCAGUCGGAAUCUUACAAUUUUCAAACAGCUAAUCGAUGAUGCCGGCCUAGAGGAUGAGUUCGAUUCCAUGUCAAACAAAACGUUUUUCAUUCCUUCGGACAAGGCUUUCGAACAAAGCGAAACUGGCCAAUAUUGGAUCCAACAAUUGAAGGAAAAUCCCGGUUCCUUGAAAGAUGAUGCUCGUUUGAAGGAAUUUUUGGAAUACCAUGUCGGGGAACCGUUGAUCAAGACUUCUGAUUUACAGGAGGAAAUGAUCAAUACUGCAUCUGGACAGAAACUCAGAGUUAAUCUUUACACGACUAAUCCUGUAUUUAGCAAUGUUUUGAACCGCGCUACCGUCAACUGCGCUCGUUUGAUGCACUUCGAUGAUGAAACAUGUGGCUCUGUGGUACACGAGAUUGACAAAGUACUUGAAACUCCGAAAUCGAAUGUGUUUGAAACACUCAAGUCGAAUCCAGAAUACAGCAUGUUUGUUGCCAUGAUUGAAAAAGCCAAUCUAACAGAACUGCUCAGUGCCAUGAACGAGAGCUUUACGGUAUUUGUGCCAAAGAACGACGUAUUUCUCGAGGUCAAAGAGUGGUACGACGAAACUUCAGAUAACAUGGAAGAAUUGGACAAUGCCAUUCGUUCGCACAUCGUCCCCAGCGUGAUUUGUUGUGCAGGAAUUGUUCAGUCGGAUUGGCCUUUCAUUCGCACCACUGAAACUAUCAAUCACCAGCGCUUGAAACUGAACCGAAGUCGUCGUCCACAAGUGCAGAAUGCUGGUGUAACAAAAUGUGAUAUUAUUGCCAAGAAUGGAAUCAUCCACGAGAUCAACGAUGUGAUCAGUACACAAAAGAGGCAAUCUACUGAAGCACAGGGCUUCCCAAGCUUCAAUCGUCCGCUGACUUUCUGGUUCUAGCAGCAACAAGCUCACGAUAUGCACUGAAUAUAUGUGUUUAAGCAAUAAAUAUAAUUUAAAAACUGAAAGUUUUACAGAUUCUAAACACCCACUUGUUAAUUAUUUCAACAAGUUAAACAUGUGACACAACACGACCGCUGUAAAUUGAACUUUUGAUUCAAAUAAAAUUAUCCUAUUUAUAAUAUA